UAACACUCUAGAAUCUGAUUUGUACAAACAUGUUGCGUGUUAUAUUAAUUUGUUUUUUAAUUUAUACUGUGUUAGGGAAGACGGUGAAGAAAGUUGUGAUUUUAGACGAAGGGGGGGUGGAGGGUGAGAAAUACUGGAAUGGAGAGUUUUAUGAGUUCUAUGGAGUUCCUUAUGCAACAGCACCGACGGGGAAAGACCGAUUCCAGGCCCCUUUACCACCUGAACCAUGGGGCGGAGUAAUGCCAGCAAAAGUCAGAAGCACCAGAUGCUUCCAAACUUACCUCACCGGUGGAGACGAAGAACCGAUCAUUGACGGCGAAGAACAAUGUCUAGUUAUGAACCUCUUAGUUCCCAUCGUUGCUACUGACGAUAACUUGGUGCCAGUAGUAGUUUACAUACACAGCGGAGCAUUCUCAGGCGGAAAUGGAAAUAUGGCCCAAUUUCAUUACCUAGCAAGGCAGGAUGUCCUCGUCGUAAGUUUCAACUUCAGAUUAGGCGCUCUAGGAUUCACUUGCCUUGGCAACAAAGAAGUACCUGGCAAUGCUGGCUUAAAAGACACAGUGGCUGCGUUGCGAUGGAUCAAUAAAAACAUCGCCAAGUUUGGUGGAGAUCCCAAGAAAGUGACAAUUGCUGGGUUUAGUGUUGGAGCGGCGAUGGCAGAACUCGUAGCUCUAUCUGACACCACUGAUGGCUUAAUCGAUAAACUCAUACUUGAAAGUGGAUCAGCACUAUCUCCUUUUGCUGUCAACAGAGAUCCAGUUGACACAGCGAGAAACAUGGCCAUUAAAGUCGGGUUUAAAGAUACAGGCAGUUUAAGAGAUUUAACUGAGUUUUAUUUAGAAACGCCAAUCAAGAAUUUGACUGCAAGUGGUCAUAACUUUUUCUUACCCAAUAGCACGUUUGGCUUUUCACCCUGCAUUGAAAAUAUUCACGAUGGAAUAGAAGCGUUUUUAACUGAAUCUCCAUUAAAUAUUAUGAAAAAAGGUAAAAAUAAACAACUGGCUGUUUUGACCGGCUUUUCUAAUAUGGAAGGACUGAGCAGGUCUAUUAAAUUUGACGAAUGGAGCGAAAAAAUGAAUGACAAAUUCGAUUAUUUUUUACCCGCUGACCUAGUAUUGAUCGAUAAAAAUGUAAAAGAUAGUUUUAUCAAGGAAAUAAAAGAUAAAUACUUCAAGGGCGAAGAAGUUUCUCAUGAUACAUUACAAGGAUAUGUUGAUUACUUUUCUGACUCCAUGUUUAAGUACUCAAUUAUAAAAUCAGCUAAACUACACGCAGAAAGAACUGAGAGGCCGGUAUUUUUGUAUGAAUUUUCAUACGUCGGUGAUUUGAAUACCAAGCAUUAUUUCUGGGACAAAAUAUCAGGAGCCAGUCACAGAGAUCAGACAGCUUACAUUUUGGAUUUCUAUGGUUUUACCAACAAGGAUAGUGACCUCACUACGAGAGACCGGAUGACAAUGAUGUGGGCUGAUUUCGUUAAAUAUGAGAACCCAACAGCUUAUGAAAGUCAAUUGAUUGAAAUCAAAUGGAAACCAUACACAAAUGAGGAUCGUUACUAUUUACAAAUUGAAAACGAACUUGUAAUCAAUAAAAACCUUUUUGAAGAUGGAUUCAAUUUUUGGAGCAAAGUUUAUGACAAGCAUUAUUGGAAUCCAAAAGCACCAAAGACAGUUGUUGAAGAACCGAAACCUGCAAAGAAAACUGAAGAUAUAUUAAAUGCUGCUACAGCAAACAUUGGCAAAAAAUCUGAAGAAAAGUUAGAUAAAACUCUUUUACGGGAACCUGUCAAAUAUGAACCGAAAGUCGCAAAUGACGAACAAGUAUCAACUCCAACAAAAGACGAUUCUUUGUCUACUAAAGAACCAGUGGUAGAAAAAAAGAACACUAAAACAGAACUUUAAAUAAAAACGUGAAUAUAAUAUUUAA